UGCAUUAAUUAAUUGUAUUAUUCAUUCGGGUUUUGGAUUGGUUCAAUGGUUAUUUCCGAUUGGAUAAACGUCGUCGUAUGAUGAUGAUAUGUCUUUCUCUCCUAACGGCCAAAUUUUCAUCUCUAACCUCACUGUCUGCAAUGGAAGCAGCGAGAUUCAUCAACCAAAUUCAAAUCCCGAAAAACCCUAAUCGCAGAUCCUCCUCUCGUCCCCCGCGCUUUAUCAGAGCUUCGUCUUCACAGGAGCCGAAAAGCUACAGAGGUCCGAAACCGAGCAAGAACUUGGUGGCUGAUUUCGUUUCCAGGAACGACGACUCGGUCCGGAGCUUGCCCAUCUACGUCGGAGGCGCUUCCCUCUUGGCCGUUCUCUUCAAUCGCGCUGUUUCCGGUAUCGCUCCUGUUGCCGAUGCUAGCAGCUCACAGUCAAGAGCGGAUCUACUGGCGCUUGGUUUGGCUGUAACUAACUUAUUGACCGGUUUAGUCUGGUUAUCGAUCCGACCGAAGACCAUAACACCAGUGGAACCUCAAGGUGUGGACUGCAAAGUUUUGGAACCCAAUCUUCCUCCAUCAAUACUCUCCGAGUUGUUAUGGGCUUGGGAGUCUCUUAAGGUGGCAACAUGUUGUAAGUCUCUGGUUAUUGUCUACAAUGGCAUUUGCCUUCUUCAAAUCGGGAUGGCUGCUAAAUCUCCGGAUGUCAACCAAGCAGUCCUUGUAAACACUGCUAAGCUGAUGACAGGAUCGGUUUACCGAGGGGUAUUCAAAUCCAAAGCACAAAGUUACUUGGCAAAUCUUUCUCUAUAUCCUGGGAGAUCGGAGCUACCAUUUCUGCCUCCAAAUACACAGGCGGUGAUUUUGCAGCCGCUUGGUGAUAAAGGAAUCGCAGUUAUUGGCGGAAACACCAUCAGAGGCUUCACGUCUUCAGACCAGGCAUGGAUUUCUUCAAUUGGGGAGAAGCUAGAUGCCACAUUGGGGAGACGUUUUCUUGAUUCAGAUGAGAUUUCCCAAGAAACAGAUCAGUAAAGGUAACACAAAGUCGAAAACAAUGUAAAGAACUUUGUUUACGGAAAUGUAAAAAUAGCUUCAAGAAAUCAUGAACUAAAACACUUAUACAUGCAGCUUAGAGUUAUGUAUAAACCAAUAAAAACUUCUUCACGAGCCCAA